CAUUACUGGGUUAAUCAGCCAUGAUCUGGUCUCAAAGGGCUAACCGGGUGAUCCAUUUUAAAGGUACAGAGUCAACUGUUUUGGUUCCAUUGUCCAGCUAUUUGGUGUCUUUAUUUUUCGAACGAAUGGUUUUAUUAUUGGAUUUUAAAUCUCAAAUCUUGCAUUAUACAAGUUGCUGAUGAUAUCAAAAGCAUAAGUGUUAUAUUGGAUUGUUUCUACGGUUUUACCUAAGCAGUAAAUUGUAAACUAACAAGGAUUAUAGUCUGAAUGAAGUAACAGUAUAUAUAGAGUAUCUAAAACCCCUCAAGAGUAAAACAAAAUGGCUCUUGUUCAGUCCAGAUGAUAAGUACUAGUUUGCACGUGGCAUGCAGGUAACUCUAACUCUCACCUUCUAUUUUUCGUCACUCUGCUCUCACCGUAUCAAAUGUAACUCGUUUCAAUAACCUGAUCUUGAUAUGCAGGUUCGGGGCUUACCUACAUUGUUCUUCAUCAGUCAUGACCCAAGCAAAGACGAAAUAAGGAUGGAAGGGCUAAUUCCAUUACAGAUGCGUGUUAUCAUUGACAAGGAGAUGUGAAGUCUUGUAGUGAGGAUGAAUAUUUCUCAAAAAUUAAAGGAAACUUUUUACGAACAGGUUUGGUACUUACCGGAUUUGUCAGAUACUCAAAAAGAUGGAAAUGGUGAGAGAUUUUGUUGUAACAUGGGUUGACACGUCUGAGAAGUUAGUUAAGGUUGUUGAAGCGAUGGAAACGGCUGCAGAGACGGUGCAGAUAAGAGUUAAAGUCACUGCGAUGACUUCGAAACUAGUAGAGGCGAUUGGUUAUGGAAGUGUGAUAUUACCAACAGUGAAACGGCUUCAGAUGGUAAAACUGUGGCUUCCUUUGUAAGAGAAACAAAGCGUCUUGUUGACUCGGUUGUAACCAAUAAGAAUGAUGAUGGAGAAGAAGAUAAGGAUGAAGGGGUGAGAUGUAAGAUCGAUGGAGAGAUAUAGCAAAGCUUUAGAAUCAUCCUUUAUGUCCAUAAUUCUAGCGUUGCCAUCUUUAGAUCAAGCUGAGAUAUUGACUGAGUGGUUAAGCAAGAACGGGGUGUAUCCGGAUUUUGACAAAGGCUUUUGAGGUUUGGUGUUACAGAUCAAAAGUUUCCAAGAGAAGAUUGGGUUUGCUAGGGGGGAGUGGAUGAUGGGAAGGGCAUGUCUUAAAACUCUUUUGUUGAGGUCUGAAAGGAAUAUUCUGUUUCUCUGUUUCAUUGUUUAGGUCUCUUUUAACUCUUUCUUGUGUGUGUUUCUCUGCAAAAUCUGUAAAUAGUGUUGACAGAUAUGUUAAGUCCUUAUCACUGCUGUUUUCUCUGCAACGAGUGUACAAAAACUAGGUUGCCGUUUUGAUCUCCGAGACAACAAUCACAAAGUAUCAACAGCUUCCCACAGAGUAGCUUCUUGUAAUGCAACGUAUGCAUUUUCUCAGAUUGAUUGAUAACCGGGAUAAACCGGAGUUUACCAUAUAAUCAGAUUUUAGCUCCUUCUGUGCACUGUGUAGAAAUAGUUUUAUAUUGUAAAAAGUGCAUCUCGACUGAUCCUCUCUACUUAAAAAGAAGUCAAGACCUAGCUGUGUAUACGCCUUUACCUUUUUCUUCUUCAGAUCUAAAACCUCCCUUUGAUAUCAUCUUCUUCUUGCUGUUAACGAUGAUGAUGGCUUCUUCUUCUUCAACGUCAUCAUCUCUGGCUCUCGUUUGGUUGUAUCACGUCUUCCUGAGCUUCCGUGGAGAAGACGUGCGAGAAGGCUUUCUUAGCCACGUUCUGAAAGAGUUCAAAAGCAAGGGUAUCAUCGUUUUCAUUGACAAUGAGAUCAAGCGAGGCGAAUCUGUCGGUCCAGAGCUUGUUAAAGCGAUCAGACACUCAAGGGUUGCCAUUGUCUUGAUCUCCCGUAACUACGCUUCUUCGAGCUGGUGUCUGGAUGAGUUAGUGGAAAUCAUGAAGUGCAGGGAAGAGGUUGGUCAAACAGUGAUGACUAUCUUCUACCAAGUAGAUCCGUCUGAUGUUAGGAAGCAAACCGGAGAUUUCGGAAAGGCCUUUGAUGAAACCUGUGUGGGAAAAACAGAAGAGGUGAAGCAGUCAUGGAGGCAAGCUUUGAAAGAUGUCGCUGGUAUAGCUGGCUACCACUCUAGCAACUGUGGCAAUGAAGCUGACUUGAUCAACAAAGUUGCCUCAGAUGUCAUGGCUGUGUUGGGUUUUACACCAUCAAAAGAUUUUGAUGACUUUGUUGGCAUAGAAGCUCGUAUGAUGGAGAUAAAAUCGAAGUUCAUACUACAAUCAGAACAAGUAAAGGUGAUCGGGAUUUUUGGUCCUGCCGGGAUUGGGAAGACGACCACUGCCAGAGUUUUAUACAACCAACUCUCUCCUAAUUUCCCUUUCAGCACGUUUUUGGAGAAUAUCAGAGGGAGUUAUGAGAAGCCUUGUGGUAAUGACUAUCAGUUGAAGUUGCGUUUGCAGAAAAACUUGUUGUCUCAAAUAUUCAACAAAGGGGACAUUGAGGUUCAUCACUUAAGAGGGGCUCAAGAAAUGCUUAGUGACAAAAAGGUGUUGGUUGUUUUCGAUGAAGUUGAUAACUGGUGGCAACUAGAGGAAAUGGCAAAUCAGCCUGGAUGGGUUGGUCCCGGAAGUAUUAUUAUCAUUACCACCGAAGAUAGAAAACUUCUCAAGGCACUCAAACUCGGGAUCGAUCAUAUCUACGAGAUCAAAUAUCCAACUAGAGAUGAGUCUCUGCAGAUCUUCUGCCAAUAUGCUUUCGGUCAAAAUUCUCCAGAUCAUGGUUUUGAAAAUCUUGCUAGGGAAGUUACUUGGCUUGCUGGUGAUCUUCCUCUAGGCCUGAGAGUUAUGGGAUCAUAUCUACGAGGAAUGUCCAGGAACGAGUGGAUACAGGCACUACCAUCGCUCAGGUCAACCCUUGACAGAGAAAUUGAAUCAACUCUAAGAUUUAGCUACGAGGCCUUGAGAGAUAAUGAAAGAACUCUGUUUCUGCAUUUAGCAUUUUUGUUUGGUGUUCUCACGGUUCAUCAAUUCAAAACGUAUUUUGAAAACAGUAGUUUGGAAGUCAACCAUGGGCUUGAAGUCUUAGCUCAAAAAUCUCUUAUAUCUAUAGAAGGCGGAGUAAUACAAAUGCAUAGAUUACUGCGACAAAUGAGUAGAGAAAUUGUCAAGAAAAAGUCUCGGGAGAAUCCUGGAGAGCGACAAUUCUUGACAGACACCAAUGAGAUUUCUUAUGUACUUGAGGAAGAUAUCGGUACUAGAAGUGUUCUAGGCUUAAAGUUGAGAAGGAGCGAGGAAAUCCAAAUAAGUAAAAGCGCUUUCAAAAGCGAGGAAAUCCAAAUAAGUAAAAGCGCUUUCAAAGGAAUGAAUAAUCUCCAGUUUCUAUUAAUCUACUCUACAGCCUUAUUCACACCCGAGGGCCUCGACUGUCUUCCCGACAGACUCAUAUUGCUACAUUGGGGAGGGUGUCCAUUGAGAGUUUGGCCUUCCAAGUUCUCUGGCAAGUUUCUUGUUGAGCUAUUCCUGUCAAAUAGCAAAUUCGAGAUGCUUUGGAAGGGAAUCAAAGUAAAAAAACCUCUCCCACGCCUCAAGAUGUUGAACUUGAAUAACUCAUUGAAUCUGAAAAGGAUUCCAGAUCUAUCAAAAGCAACGAGUCUCGAGGGAUUGUAUCUCCAUAACUGCAAAGGUUUGUUAAAGCUCACAAGCUCUAUUGUCAAUGCCACUAAGCUUUCUCACUUGGAUAUAUCCGGGUGUACAAAAAUCAAAGACUUCCCAAAUGUUCCUGACAGCAUCAUAGAGUUGAAUUUGAGCGAUACAGGGAUAAAGGAGGUUCCUCCACGGAUUGAGAACCUAUCUCGCCUGCGUAGACUACUUAUGUAUCGAUGCAAGAAGCUGAAAACCAUAUCGCCAAACAUUUCUAAGUUGGAGAAUCUUGAGUUUCUUGUUCUGCGUAAGCAUGGUUACUGUUAUUCUGUUAGUUUUUAUGCAAGUGAAAAUGAUGCACUAUUACAUGACGAUGAAUACUUAUUUGAAGCAAUAAUCGAGUGGGGGCCUGACUUUAAGCGCAGUUGGAGAUUACGGUCAGACUUAGACAUUUGCUACAUUUUGCCAAUAUGUCUACCCAAGAAGGUUCUUACAUCUCCUAUAUCAUUACGUCUCCGCUGCACUAGUGUUAUCAAGACUAUUCCAAAUUGCAUCAGACGUCUCUCGGGACUAAUUAAGCUUGACGUCACAGAAUGCAGAGAGCUGGUAGCACUUCCACCGCUUCCACAUUCCCUUGUAUCUUUAAAUGCACAAGGUUGUAAAUCUUUGAAGACAAUAGACUGCUCCUCUUUUCAAAAUCCAAACAUUUGUCUAAACUUUGCUGACUGCUUCGGCCUGGAACAAGAAGCGAGAAAGCUCAUCCAUACAUCAUCUUGCAAAUAUGCGGUGUUACCGGGUGAAGAAGUGCCUGCACACUUCACUCACAGAGCCGGUUCAGGUUCCUUAACGAUCAGCUCGACUCCAAGACCUCUUCCUUCAUCCUUCAGAUUCAAAGCUUGUAUCUUGCUGUCAAGGGUAUAUGAGGUCAGCAGUAAUGAUGACGAUGAAGAGGGUGAGAUUUCAUUGAACGGCAUGUCUUAUUCCGUAAGGGGUAAACAGAAUGGCCUCACAGUCGGAGGUGGACCAAUCCAGCUCCAUAUGCCAAAUCUAAAUAGGCCACCUACACAUCCGGCAGAUCUAUGUGGAAAUGUAGAGCAUUUGUAUAUAUUUGAAGAUUCUUUCUCUCUAAACCAGGAUUGUCUUGAAGCUGAAAAAAACAAUUUCAGCGAGAUUACUUUUGUGUUCAGAGUCCAUGUUCAAUACUGGAAGGUCAAAGGCUGUGGUGUACGACUUUUAGAGGUCCCUCAUUGUAUUCUUGACGGAAAAGAAACUGAAGACCAAGAAUGUUUGGGCAUAAACAUAGAGGCACCUCCAUCAGGCUCACAUGUGAUGCCACAUUCUUCUAAUGGGAAGAAGGUGAAGAGGAAGAGCUGGUUACACCGAUGAUUGGACCAGAAGUAAAGCUGGUACUUGCAUGUUAUCUAGUUUGAGUGCAAAAGAUUGUGCAUCAAUUUUCCCAUUAGUGCUGUAAGUUCUGUCAGGUAUAGUAAAAGCGCGGGCUCAAUCAGAUUAUGUAUCGAUGGUAAAAGGUGUUUCCCAGUCUCUUCGUAAUCUACUAAUUUUCCUGCUCACCCAUUUUAACAGGAAUUUGAAAAGAUCUUUUUACUCUGAUAGGCUACGUAUCCUUGUCAAAAGAAAAAAAAAAAUCAAUCUUCAUGUGUUUCAUGUUAGAAUCGUUAGUUGAUGUGUAUGUUGGAUACAUGAAACAUAAUGUCCACCGAUGCCACUUUUGUAGUUAAGUUUAGUUAAUCUGGACGUGAGCAUUGUAAAUGUUUUCUUUUCUUAUGGAAACAUUGUAUAGAAAAUGUAUUGACGUGAAACAAAUUGACUUGUAUAGUUUGUAUGUACUUUAUUUACAGAGUAACUAAAACUCGAUCCAAAGGCU